GUCCUCAACAGUAACUUUUUAUAUUGCAAAAUCUUUUAAGCUUGCUAGAAUUGAAUUCAGGUUUGGCAAUUCUAACAAAGUGUGUACGUAUGAAAUAAGUACAGUGCACUUUGUGCAGGCAACUUGCUUGUAAACAAUUAAUACAAGGAACUGUGCUAAGCUGAAUCCUCUCACUGUUAUGAUAUUUUAUAUAAAGCUUGAAAAGAAUUUACAGAAGGUCUAAUUUUUGCUCCAAAAAUUCCCCUUUAGUAACACUGAAUAUCAAGACAUGGAAAAUUAUGAAUGUAUCAAGUCUAUAGGUCGUGGCACUUUUGGUGCUGUCCACCUCUUCAAGAGGCGCAAAGAUGGCCUGCCUGUGGUCAUCAAGCAGAUAUCACUUGAAUCUCUCUCUCAUCAUGAUGCUGAUAGUUCAUUGAUUGAAGUUCGUGUGCUGUCAAUCCUGCGACAUCCCUUCAUCAUUCAUUACCACAACAGCUUCAACCAUGACUCGUCCCUCAUGAUAGUGAUGGAGUACGCUGCUGGGGGCAACUUGCAGUCCUUCCUGCAGUCAAGACUGCCCAGCAACUUCCUCCAGGAACAACACGCGGUGGAUCUGUUCACGCAGAUGACCUUAGGCCUGCAGCACAUCCACCGCCAGAACAUCUUGCACCGAGACCUCAAGCCCCAGAACAUCUUCAUGGAUAUUACCCACAAAUAUCUCAAGAUAGGGGACUUUGGUAUAUCUAAGAUUUUGAGCAGCAAGAGCAAAGCAUUCACUGUGGUGGGGACCCCGUGCUACCUCUCCCCAGAGCUGUGCCAGAACAAACCUUAUAACAAGAAGAGCGACGUCUGGGCCCUCGGCUGCAUCUUGUACGAGCUCUUGACGCUCAAGAUGGCAUUCCAGGCUGAGCGAACGCUGUGGCGAAAACCUGUGGUCGCUGCUGGAGUCUCUGCUGCAGCAGGACGCUGCCUGCCGCCCCACCACAGAUCAGGUGCUGGCGAGCCCCGCCGUCAUGAAGACCUACAUACGCCUGCACAUGGACAUGGGCAGAGUGCCCGGCGCUACCGUCGCGCCAGUUCGCUGAUAAUCCUGCCUCGCCUAAGGAUCUCACCUGAAAUUUUCUCAAUUUUCAUGUGCUGUUGAGAUUUUUAUUUGAUAAUAUUGCUGCCAUCAAUCGCUGAUGAAAGGAAUUCAUUCUGUUAUGAUUAAUAAGUAAGUAUCUUGGUCGUGUUGAUAACUAUAUAAUGGUUCUAGCGGGUCAGCAAACCAGACGCUGUGCCCCAACUACCGGUGGCUUGAGUGCCCCUUGAAAUUAACUUCCUCCCUUAUGGCCACUUGUACCUGUAGGAUGUGCAAACAUAACUACAACAUCACCUUUGACAUUACCUGCAUCCUCACUUGCUGUAAAAUUUGCUAUUUAUUCCUAUUUCUGUCGUGGGCUUUGUUUUGUUUGUUUGUUUUUUUUUUUGUUGCCAAGAGCGUCACGAAGAGCUGUUCAGGAGCGAAGCUGUUAUCUUAUCAGUGCAGCUUGCACUUGAAGGCCUAUAACUUCAAAAAAAGUUAAGAGAUCGUAAGUUCAUCAGUCAAUCAUUGACGG